CGUGCACUCGCUGUGUACAGAGUGUGUGCUUGACAUUUUCGCACCCACUGUGCUUUCCUCUAAACACAAAGCCGCAGGACUCUGGAACCAGGAAUGUCUCUUCCCAGAAGGACUCUGCAGCUUCUCGUCUGGACUCACAUAUCGGUAUUGGGGUCCAGUACUUGCCUGGUGGGCAUACUGGGGGGCUCGGUGAGUUUGCCCUGUGAGGUCACACCUCUGACGUACGCUCUGGACAAGCUCCUGGUUUACUGGCAGACGAAGGGCCCGGCCGGCGAUGACAUCACGGUGGUCGCGCUGGUUUAUGGAGAAAUCGAAGAGCGUUUCCAGGACCAGAAGUACAAAGGAAGAGCCGGAGUGAGCCGCGGAGGUCUGGCCUCGGGGGACUUCACGCUGCACCUGCGCGGCCUGUCCUGGGGGGACGCCGGGACCUACGACUGCAUUAUAAUGUUACAGCGUUCCUCCGUACACUUCCUGAAGAAUAGCAGCGCCACGCUGGAGGUGAAAGCAGCCAAGUUCAGCCACCCAGUUGUGACAAGUCUGGCCCCGGGGCCGGUGGAGCGUGGUCAGGAGGUGACACUCACCUGCUCGACCCUCGCGGACUCCCGCGGGCCCUCAGUUACGUGGCUGAACGCCAGCGACGGCUCCCGACUGAACGUGGUCCAAAAAUUAAAUGAGGCGGAGAAUCCCGACGGGACCCUCAGUGUACUCAGCGCCAUCAGCAUCACCGCCACGUCUGCGCUCAACGUGACAUGCGCCGUACGAACCGACGCCGGCAACGCCACCUCUCUGCCAUACGAGCUUAAAGUGGCCCCCGAGGAUCCUCGCAGGGAGUCUCUGACGGGGCCCCGGACGGCCGUCACUGCAGGUCUCUGUACAGUCGCGUUGCUGGCCGUGGCCGCCGUGGCCCUUCUGCUGUACAAAAGGGGCAGACUCUACACAUUGUACAGAGCUAUCCAUGGGCGAGGGCAGAGACCGGACACCGGAUAAGAAGACUAAUCCAAGAUGGACGAUACAGAACCUGUGAGGAGCAAAGGGCUACGUGAGACGCGCCGGCACUGCGCCGAGUACAAACUCUGCCCUUUGGAUCUACAGAUGGAUGCGAGUGAAGACUCAGUGAGACAGAAGUGAGGGCUGGACCGAGCAAUCACCCUCAAGUGAUCCCCAGAGCUUACACUCCAACGCCUUCCAUACGGAUAA